AUGCUCCACUAUGGAGAUCCCGGAUACAUGGAGCAGGAUCGGAGUCUCAUGCUGUACAGCAUAACCUUUACGUUCCUCGCCGCUUCCAUCUGCAUGGUCGUCCUCAGGCUUUACUGCCAAUGGUUUCUUCUCCGCUCCCAACGAGCCACCCUCUCAGAAAUUCUCAUCGUCAUAUCCCUCUUCGUCGACAUCGCAUCCUCCAUCCUGAUCCACUUCCAGAUCUACACCGGCAUGGGCAAACACAUCGAGUACUCACGGGCGCGGCCAGCGAUGCUGAAAGCGAGUAUGAAAAUUGGACUGGCGCAAAAUACUUGCUAUCAGGCACUGAUUGGGCUGGUCAAGAUGAGCAUCCUCGCCCAGUUCUACCAAUUCGCACAACCAGGGCUGCAGAAACGCGUGGUUGCGUGGGUCGGAGCGUUUGUGUGUGUCUUCAUGCUGUUUACCGUAUUCGCUGCAAUCUUCCAGUGCAUUCCCAUGAAAGCUGCCUGGGAUCUCCAGAACUUCCCUAGGGGAUGCUGGAACAUGAUGAACGUGAAUUUCUUCACCUCGUCGAUGAACACGUUUCUCGACCUCGUUGUGUUCCUCCUCCCCAUCACAACCAUCUACAAACUCCCGACCACGUUCAGAAAGAAGCUAACGCUAGCCCUGGCGUACAGCAUGGGUCUCCUUGCACUCGCCUGCUCCGUAGUGCGGGUACGGAACAUAGUCUUUUUCAACGGCGAAGGCGAUUUCACGUACGUGGCAUGUAUGGUCCCUGUAUGGGGAGCGAUCGAAUGUAACGCAGGUAUCAUAUGCGCGUCUUUCCCCUCGCUCCUCCCUCUGAUCACCCGCCAGGGUCGACCAGCACCCACGUCUUCCAUUCAGCUGACGUCGACGCUGGGGUCGGGGGGAGCGACCCGGGCCCAGCAGCCGCAGAAAGAGGCCAAGCCGCUGGAAAGAAGUGCUGUCAAAACGGAUCAGGAACUUCCCUAUAAUCACUGGGAGAUGUGA